AUGUCAUCUGGCGGCAAGCGUAUCGUAUUCACUGGCGGCAGUGGCAAGGCUGGACGCCAUGUCAUCCCAGAACUGCUGAAGAAAGGCCACAAGAUCCUCAAUCUUGAUCUCGUCGACUUCCCAGACCCCAAGGCUGGCGUCUUCACUCUCAAAGCCGACCUGACCGAAUCUGGACAAGUCUUCAAUGCUCUGACAACCCACUAUAACUUCGAAGGCUACGAGCAUGGCCACUCCGAAGCACCACCGGACGUCGUCAUCCAUUUCGCGGCAUUCGCCCGCAACAUGAUUGUCCCAGACAAUGAGACUUUCAAGGCAAAUGUGACGAGCACAUAUAAUGUUAUUGAAGCAGCGGCGAAGCUUGGAGUGAAGAAGAUCGUCAUUGCUAGUUCCGAGACGACAUAUGGUGUAUGCUUUAGCGAAGGUGUGACUGACUACCAUACCUUCCCGCUCGAGGAGGACUACGAUGUCGAUCCGAUGGACUCCUACGCACUGUCAAAACUGUGUGGUGAACGCACAGCGCGCACCUUCGCUCGCCGCUUCGGAAUCGACAUCUACGUCCUGCGCGUCGGCAAUGUGAUUGAACCGCAUGAGUACGAGCGCGACUUCCCACAGCAUGUGGGCAAGCCCGAGACCAGACGCCGCAAUGCUUGGUCAUACAUCGAUGCUCGGGAUCUCGGACAGAUCUGCGAUCGUUGCAUUGAUAAGAGCGGCCUCGGCUUCCAGAUUUUCAAUGCCACAAACGACACUAUCACGACGACGAUCCCGACGAAGGAGUUCUUGCAGAAGUAUGAGCCGAACACGAAGAUCACACGAGAGAUGGGCGAGUGGGAGGCACCGUUGAGCAAUAAGAAGAUCCGUGAUGUGCUUGGCUUCAAGGAGGAGCACAACUGGAGACAGUACUACAAGCCGUGA